ACUUCCAACUGCGCUGAGGGACCGGUCUGCAGCGAGGGUCGGCGAGGAGAAGGGAGGGCGGGGCCACUGAUCUGUCCACUCCUGUCUCCUCUUCCUUCCUCCUCCCCCUCCAUCUCCUCCUUCCACCUUCUUCCUCGUCCGUCUCCUCUUCCGUCGUCAUCCUCACGAAUUUCGCCUCUUGUUGCUGCAGCUUUGAAUGUUCCAGUGCAGGAUUGUGGCACUGCAGAGAUGAAUAGGAGGAAGAUGGCUAGUAACACCAACAAGAGGCUCGGGAUGAGAAGCGGUCGGGGUGGCGGCGAAGCAGAGGUGGGGGCGGUGCGAGUCUUUGGGCUGCGUCGAGCUCCUCCUCCUGUGGGCGGGGGAAAGGGCGAGGAGGAGGAGCCACGCCCGCACUACCAACCCUAAGCAGUUCCACCCUGGAGUUUGACCUUAGACGCGGUGCGGGGCGGUCGCGGCUGUGUACCUGAGCCGUGCACGUGGCCCUACACGGGGAAGAUUUCUGAACUCCCCGCUCAAAAAAUAAGUAUACAGUGUGGUGAGAGGCCGUGCGCGCCCCUGCACGGAGAGAGAGGCGACUCGUGCACCCCGUGUGUCCCCAAGCAGGCUGAGUUACCGACCAAAAGGUGUGUGAGACAGGGAGAAAGAGAGGCGAAGUGGUGUUGCUCACUCACUACCACCGCCCGUCACCACCACUGCCGCCCUCGUCACCACCACCACCACCACCACCACACCACCACCACCUCCACCUAAAACUCUGUUACCAAGGAUACUUGUCAGGCCCUUGGCGCUUGCUUGUUCCCAUUCCCCUCCCUGCUCCUGAGUGUGUGUGUGUGUGUGCGUGUGCGUGUGUGCGUGUGCGUGUGCGUGCGUGUGUGUGUGUGUGUGUGUGUGGCAAGAGGUGUGACGCCGGGCACUUGCCGUGGAGGGACAUGGGCGCCACUGUUACACUCUGCCGCCCGUCACGCCUUGGAAUGUGAGGGAGUGACACUUUGUCCUCACCCCUCACCGCCACAGCCACCACCGUCACCACCACCACCACCACCGCCUCACUAUGCUGGGCGUGGAGUCCAAACCUAAUGACACAGACAGAUUCAAGCCGGAUAGCCAUGAAAUAGAUGACUCUCCGGGAAGCGCUCUCCUCUUGUAUUCCUUUGAUCAUCUCGCUUUGUUCCUUCCUUCGUCUCCUGCGAGCACCUGCCUGCCGAAGGCUCUGGAGAACUUGGGGAUCCGCGGGGUCUUCAGCGGUGGCCUGGGCGGCUCCUUCGGGGGCCUGAGUGCCAGCCUAGGCGCCGCGCUGUCCAUGAGCGGCGAGCGGGGCGGCGUUGGCGUGGGCGUGGGCGUGGGUCCCAGAGAGUCCACUGUGACCUCGGGCGUCGGUGUGGGUCUGGGCGUUGUGCCUGAGGUGAGGGCGGCCGGGGUCAGGGAGAAAGAGGGAGGGCUGGAGCUGGUGAAGCCCUCCCUCGUGCUUGACAUUGCCUCCCUUAUCCUGUACGGCUGCCAGGCGCUGCCCAUCCGCCUCAAGAUCUUGCUGGACCGCCUAUUCUCGGUGCUCACCCACGAGGACGUACUGCAAGUCCUCCACGGCUUUGGUUGGACUUACGAGGACUACGCCCGCGGGUACAAGUUGCAGGACCGGCAAGGCAACGUCCUCCACAGCUGGCACAUGAUGAGCCCCGAGGAGGAGACGCUGGUGCUGCGCCAGUUCCUCAGGUUCGGGGAGACGCGCGCCAUCGCCCAACAGCUGCUGCAGCACGAUGGCUCCUCGCCGCGCCCCGACCACUUGCCCCCCCUCAGGGACCACCGUGAUCCGCUGAGGGACAGGGAAUCCCACAGGGAAUCUCUGCGGGACCUUCACCGCGAAACGCAUCGAGAUCCUCUUCGUGACCUGCAUCGAGAUGCGCACAGGGACCUAAGGGACCUUAGGGACAGGGACCCCGUCAGAGACUUUAGGGACGAACUGCGGCGAGAUGAGGGACAGCGGGAGGAGCCCCCUCGCUCACAGCCGUCCCACCAUCACCCGCCACCCCACCAUCCCCACCAGCCAGAUCUGGCCAAGAUGGAUCCUGAAAUCAAGAAGUUUUUGGAGAGAACUAACAUGUUAUUCAGCCCGUUCAUGCGAGGGGACCAUAGCUCCCUCCUGCGGCCGCCUCCUCCCACCGGCCCUCCGGGGCUGCCUCCCGCGCCGCCACCUCUGUCUGCGGCAUCCCUCGCUUCCAACUUGCUGGCCGUGGCCAAUCCUUCACUGGCCACGUCCCUGCUGGCGAACCCGCAGCUGGCUUCCUCUGCGCUGUCUAUGCUGCGUCUGCCUGUACCGCCCGUCUCGCUCCCCAACAUUUCCCCAAAUGGCUCACUCCCAAACAGCUUCGGUUCCCCCACCAGCCCUAUCGGUGGCUCCCCGCUCAAUCGGCUGCAGAGCAUGCAGCCCUAUGACAUACGGAAGGAGCGGCAGAGUCCCAGCCCAGCAGGAAGGGGUGAGCCCUCCCUGUCACAUGGCGGGAGAGGGGGCGGCGUGACGAGCCCAGCCAGCAGCGGUGGAGGUGUGCAGGUGAACAGCAGCAGCGGCACAGUCACACCCCUUGCUGCCUCUGCAGGACAGCCUCCCCCACCAACGCCUGUUUCUAUCAACAGUGACCCGCCCACCGACUACACUAGCGACGAUGAUGAUAUAUCCUUUUCUUCUUCAACCACUGCCCUUAAUUUAUCUACAACAUCCACCACUGUGGCCACCAGCUCCACGCCAACCACCCUCCCCAUGCCUCCUCGACCACAGUCCCCUGGGUGUGGUAACAAUCCGGGAAAACGGUCCUGGAACCCUAUCAACCUGGGCACAUCGCUCAUCAACCCCGUGACGGGCAAGAAGCGGGUACAAUGCAACGUCUGCCUGAAGACUUUCUGCGACAAGGGAGCCCUAAAGAUCCACUUCUCGGCGGUUCACCUCCGCGAAAUGCACAAGUGUACUGUGGAAGGCUGCAACAUGAUGUUCAGUUCACGUCGAUCCCGUAACCGACACUCUGCCAACCCCAACCCAAAGCUGCACACGCCGCACGUGCGCCGCAAGAUAUCUCCGCACGACGGCCGCACCAGCGCUGCACACCCGGUGAUCCCUCCACAUCUGACAGCCCCGGGCUUCCAGCCGCCCGCUGGUUUCCCUCCACUUGGCUCCUUCCCCGGGCAGUUCGGCGGCAUCAAUCCUCUGACAGGACUGCCCUUCAUCCCACCCUCGGCCUCUGCCACCGAGGACUUGCACAAGCAGACGUUGGAAUUGCAGCGACGCACACUGGAGAUGCAGCAGGCAAUGGGGAAGAGCUCGCUGGACCUGACCAUGAGGAGCCGCGACGAGGGCCUCUGGCGCGGUGACUACGGCCUCCAUCACAGUGGCCUGAUGGGAGAUGACAUUAUUGGAGACAGGAUGAAUUCAGAAAACAGUGACCAGAAGCGCGGGCGAAGCGAUGACGAUUACCACUCCAAUAACAAUCUGGACGCUGAUGUGGACGACGAUAGCAUGAGUGUAGACGCCCAGAGUAUGAAGGGCGAAGGCACAGCCGCCUCGCCUUCUGCUAACAAAAGAAAACGGAAGAGUCAAAACCCUACCAAGUUUGCCUUCAGACUGGAGGACGAUGAUUUGAUCUCAACCGAUGACGACGACGAUGACGAUAACGACGACGACCUAGACGACAUAGAUGCAAAAGAUUCUGAGGAUGACAAGAAUGAAGACAAGGAGUUGGAUGCUAUGAGUGAUGAUGACGACGACACCGAUGAUACAGUGAAGGAGGGCUCAUCUCUCCACUCAGGCGGCGACAAAUCAAAAAACGACAAAGACUCGGACGGAAGUACCCGCAAAGUAUCGUCAAGUAGCUUUGACGAGACAGUGGACACGUCCAACGCACUGCGGCACCUGGAGGACCUCUCCAGGGGCCACUUCGCUCACCUUGCCGGCGCGUUGCCCCCAAACGCGUCGGCGUCACUCGGCCUCCAGAUGGCGCCCUCGGGCAACGGCGUCAGCUCUUCGAGUCCCAGGCCGAGUGACCGAGACAGCGAGAGGGACUCGAACCCAGGCUCGCCCUCCGAGGACUCCGACGGGGCGUUUCAGUUUGGCGAGGGUGGGUUUCUGAGCAGCCUCAACAUCCCCAUCGACAAGGAGAAUCCUCGUCGAUGCAUCGCGUGCGGGAAAAUAUUCCAGAAUCACUUCGGAGUGAAAACGCACUACCAGAACGUGCACCUCAAGCUGAUGCACAAGUGCACGGUGGAGGGAUGCAAUGCCGCCUUCCCCUCCAAGAGGAGUCGGGACAGGCACUCAUCCAACCUCAACCUCCACCGGAAACUGCUCUCCACCUCGGCGGACGGCCCAGGCUUCCCAUCGCUCACUUUCCCCGGCCUGCCUUUCAACCCCGCACUCAACCCCGAGCUGCUGGCACGCCUCUAUUCCGACCCAAGUGGCCUCCCGCUGGGCCUGGAGGCUCUUAAGGCCCACAUCCCGACUUCGUUAGCGGAGUCACUGUUUAAUGGCGAUCGUGGACCCGGUGGUGCUGGUGGUGGAGACGGCAACGGGAGUAAUGGCAGUGGAGGAGGAGGCCUUCCGCCCACCCACCCGCCGCCUCACUUUUUCCUUCCUAAUCUACUUCCUCACUUCGCGGCGAAUAACAACUUGCCUGGCACAGAGAGGAAAGACCGCUCCGGCACGCCCUCGCCCCAGUCCACCACUCCCACCACCACCACCACGACUUCCACCACAGGCCCUCCCAUCUGCGAGGCCUCCUCACCUCCUCCCCAGCCCGAGGAGCCUUCCGCCCCCACCACAACCAUCGCCACUACCACCACCACCACCACCACCUCUUCUUCCUCCACCGGCAGUUUUGCAGAUGAAAUUGUCGAGCAUGAGUGGGUGUACAACCUGGAGGACGACCUGCCCACGCCAGACCGCGAGGGCAACAUGCCCUGUAAAUUUUGUCACAAGACCUUCGAGGACGGUAUAGGCCUCAAGAGUCACUAUGACGAGGCGCACGCCGCCGAAAUGUUCCGAUGCACCGUGAGCGGCUGCAACAAAGUGUUCAGCUCGCGCCGCAAGCGUAACACCCACUCCCUCAACGAGGCCCUUCACCAGCACACGCCAGAGGGCGCGGCGACAGGGACGACGUGAUGACUUCGUCUCUCGUGUACCCUGCGGCGGUGUCCCCACGGACUACCCCCCAGACCUCUCCCCCGCUGUAUAAAUGUAUAAAUGUGCCAAUGUUUCACGUCUUAUUUAUACGUAGUGGUGUUAGAGCGGCCACUGUGGCCCGCGUGUACAUGGCCCGGCUCCGGCGGCCCUGAGGUCACUCGCUGCUUGCUGUGUCGUGCGCCCCGCUCCCCCCUCCCGGACGCUGCCCACCCACGUUCCGCUAGGCCUGUGGGAUUCCCGGCCUGGGAAUGCAGGUCUCAGAAACCUCUCCGUGGCCUGCCCCAGGCCGCUGCAGCGCCGCGCCCUAGUGACUGGCCGAGGCGCCGGACAGACUCGCGCCCGUGGUCGAGGUGCUGUGAGCCGUCUUAACGCUGAACAACUUAGAGCUGCAUUAAUGUUCUCAGGAUUCUUUGUGAAUCGUUUUUGCAUACCAACGAAUUGGUAUCCAAGAGUCAGUGUUCAUUUAUUUUGUGUAUUUGUAAAACUGAUUACUUUUUUUUUGGUUCAUCCAUUGCUAUAAAUGUGGGUUUUAUACUGUGACUUCCUCUGUCAUCUCUGUAAUGGUGCUAUAUUUUAGUUGGCACAUCCAUGUCUCGAGUUACGUACAAUUUGGUUGAUAAGUUCACUCUUCCUCCCGUGUGGUCGCCCAGACGGCGCCCCCCACCACCCGCGGCCGGCGCCCACGAGGGAAUGUACGCCCCUCGCCGAGUCCCGGUGCGUUGCGCGGCCGCGGGGUGGUGGGUGGCGCCGCAGGGGGCGGGGGGUCUGGGGCACCCUGGAAGGCGGCCUCCAUUUAGGCCCUUCUGUCCCUCACUCUAGUCCACCUGCUCUCUCUUUUGAAUUUUCCAUCAUAUUUCUUCCUACUUCUCCGUGUCUAUACCUAUUACAUCUGUCUGGAUCUAUCAGUCUGUCUACCUAUCUAUCCUGUCUGUCCACCUAUCUAUCCGAUUUUCCUAUCUCUCAAGAGACAGAUGACAAGACAAUCAUCAGUGUGAAAUUAGCCAAAGAAUGUCUGAUCUUUAUGUUCCCUUUGCGUUACGUUGCCUGUUUCUCCUCCGACUGGCAGCGGCGAGUGGUGGUGAUGGCGGCGACGACCACGAUGACCUCUCGUUACGACUCCUCCUGGUGAUUAAAGCCGAGUCGUUAUCACUUUGCUAAACGAGACGGUGCAUCAUUUGAUAUAGUUAGUCUCUCUCUCUCUCUCUCUCUCUCUCUCUCUCUCUCUCUCUCUCUCUCUCUCUCUCUCUCUCUCUCUCUCUCUCUCUCUCUCUCUCUCUCUCUGCUUCUGUCUUAACCCAGUAACCAGUCAAACCUGGACCGGUACAGAAUCUUUUUUACUUAUAUAUUUGUAAUUUAGUCACAUAAUGUAAGGUUUGCGAAGGGUUAAGAUUUUUAUAGUUUAUAGAGCGAUCUCUCUCUCCAUCAGCCAGCGCGGGAGGAGGAGGAGGAGGAGGAGGAGGAGGAGGUAUAUUGUAUAAAACCGAAAAAAAAAAAUUAAUGAGAGAAAAUGAGAGCUUAGCCUUCCAUAAAGCUAGCGGUCCAGUCGGGUCAGCUGACGUGCUUUCUCUCUCUCUCUCUCUCUCUCUCUCUCUCUCUCUCUCUCUCUCUCUCUCUCUCUCUCUCUCUCUCUCUCUCUCUCUCUCUCUCUCUCCUUCCAUUACAAAUUUUUCCCCACUCUUUUUGUAUUUCUUCCAUUUCUACGUUUUUCUUUUUCUUUUUUUUAUUGUUUUGUCUCGUACAGUCUUGACUCCUCACCUUCCCUCCCUCCUUUCCUUUACUAAUAUAGAGUCCGCAUUUUUUUUCCAUUUACACAAGUCCUCCUCCUCAUCCUCCUCCUCCUCCUCCUCCUCCUCCUCCUCCUCCUCCUCCUCCUCCUCCUCCUCCUCCCUCCUCGCACCCGUGAAAUUGACCUGGUGACCUCCCAAAAUGAUCAGUCAGAGGUCAAGAAGAUGUCUGUCUGUCUGUCCGUCUCUCUCUCUCUCUCUCUCUCUCUCUCUCUCUCUCUCUCUCUCUCUCUCUCUCUCUCUGAUAUUGUAAAUUAUCAUGGUGGCGAUUUCAAGAACAAAGCUCGUUGUUAGAAUAUUGUGGAGAAAACUGUAGCAGUCCUUGUUAAUAAAUCUGGUUAUAUGUG